CAUACACAGAAUGAGGUGUUCCCCUGCAGCAGAUGGAGAUUAUUCACAUCUGGGCUGUACAGCUCAUCUAAUGCACUUCUGAAUGACAGCCAGAAGCACUGAGAAUCAGGGAACACAAGGCACUGAGAAAGGAUUUUCCUCAAGAAAACGGUUUUAGAAGUAGAGCUGCGUCCUCCGAGUGAGACUUCCAGGACAGCCAUGAAGCGGACGAUGCAUAUGUGGUGCUCGGUCAUCUUGCUGCUCCCGUUCAUACAGUCGGCAUCUCCUGUGCAGCAACAAGAACUCGACUAUGAUGCUGACGACAUUUUUGAGGGAAUGCUGUUCAAGCAACACUUUGAACGACGCAAGGAAGAAGCAGCGGCAAACGAGCCAAAUGGACUUAUAGUUGCAAAAGGAAGGUUUAGGAGAGACCCCGAUGAAGAUGACAAAGAAACUAUUGAAGCCAAAGAUUUGCCUACAUGCCUGGCUUGUGUAUGUCUCAGCGGAUCAGUUUACUGUGAAGAAACAGAAAUCGAGGAAGUGCCCCCCUUGCCUAAAGAAACUGCUUAUCUGUAUGCUCGAUUCAACAAAAUUAAGAAAAUUACUGUGAAAGACUUUUCUGACUUUCCCACCUUGAAGAGGAUUGACCUUACCGGGAAUGAAAUAGUAGAGAUUGAAGAUAAAGCGUUUGAAAAGCUCGACAACCUUGAGCAGCUUUCACUUGCAGAAAACAAACUGACCAGGAUUCCAGCUUUACCAACAAAACUGACCUCAUUUAAUGCCAACAAUAACAUGAUUAAGAGCAAAGCCAUCAAAGCCAAUGCCUUCAAGAAACUGACCAAGUUAGCAUACCUCUACCUGGCUCAUAAUCAGCUGGAAAGCGUCCCAGCAAACCUACCUGAGAGCCUACGUGUCCUCCAUCUACAGUUCAACAACAUAGAUGCCAUCACAGACGACACAUUUUGCAAAGCAAAUGACACACGUUACCUACGACCCAGACUGGAUGAGAUCAGAAUGGAGGGAAAUCCAGUGAUCCUGGGAAAAUAUCCAAACAGCUUCACUUGCCUGAGAAUUUUACCUUAUGGCUCAUAUUUUAAAUAAUGGGUCUGUAUGGUUAACAUCAGAGUUACUUACCCGUUACCAGUCACCAGAAAUAAUUAGGUCACAAGUUUAAUGAUUUUAAGCAGGAAAUAGUUUCAGUUACAAUAAUUUAGAUAGAGCCUAUUAAACAGUAUAGCGGCGAUAACACAGUAGUGUGCAGCGACCUCUAUGCCACAGCCUCUUAUAGAAGAGAUAGGGACACACAGCAACAUAGCGCUCAUCUAUUGGAAAGGGAGUACGAAAAUUCUGUCCAUUAAAAAGGAUUUGCCACCUCUCCCGACCUCUCUGUAUUCCCCAUAACAGAACAAUGUUGAAGUGCUUUUUUAUUUUGUGUUCCUCUGUUAUUUCUUCUAGAAAUUCAUAAAUUAAUUGUCUGUUACCAGUUGGGGGUACAUGAUUUCUACACACUUUGACACUGUCAACGUCAGACACAAGGGGAAUGGUAACACCCAGCUGUCAAUUCCUUCAUAGGAGGAAUAACACAGAUUUGUAAGAAAAGAUGCCCCGGAUCUGUUAGCGAAUGGGGAAUACAAGUAAAAAAUAAAAAUUAAAAUCCCUCAAGCUUUGGGCAUCAGCCUUAAAAAUAAAACCUCUCUUUUCGAAGUAAUACCUGCAAAAAGAAACCACUAACCUCAAAAUGUCUCCAUUUCAUAAAACUUUACUAUCACCACCGGACCAAAUUCACGUUUAAAAGGGGUUAUCAGAGACCUAGUUUAGUAAGCCUCAAUCUAGUCCCCAUACAACUUUCCAAUUUACUUGCCUUUCAAAUUGUGCCUUGUUUGUCCGCUCUCAACCACCAGCUGGCUUCACUUCAACACGUCCUUUGCAGUGAGUAGUCGGGUCCCAUAAUCCCCAGCGUUGACGUCUGCUUCAGUGCUGAUACAAACCCCCCCCUUUGCGGCUCCUCCUCAUCAACCUCCCUAGUUUACACUCACUCUUCUCUGCACGUCAGCAGAGUAAACGAGCCGGGGAUUAACCAAGAUCUCCAAUGUGGGUCUCACCAGU